AUGGGCUUUCCGCCGGGGUAUAGGGUUCGCAGCCGAGGACAGAAGGGACAAAAGCCCACGAGAAAAACGCCGCUGAAAGGUUCUACGCCGAUAAGACGACGAAUGUUCAGCGGAUCACUGUCGUUCAAUAUGAGCCUUGACGCUUUUCACAAUACAACAUUACAUAUCGGUGACGUGGUAUCUUUCUACACAGAAGAUCGUUCACGGCUCAAUGAAGAGGGCUUCGAGAGCCUAUCGUCGAUGAAUAGUGGAUUUUUGUCCACUUUGGGGUAA